AUGUUUGAUGGCCAAUCUAGCAAGGUCGAAGAUAACCUUGCUGCCACAAGAAGGUCAUCUACUGACCUGCACCCUAGAGAAGAGGAAGGUGGCAGUCUCAUCUUUAGGAUGCAGACACCCUAUCAGACACCACCCGCCCCCACCAGACACCAACCGGCCCCACCAGACACCACCCGCCCCCAUCAGACACCAACCGGCCCCACCAGACACCAACCGCCCCCACCAGACACCAACCGGCCCCACCAGACACCAACCGGCCCCACCAGACACCAACCGCCCCCACCAGACACCAACCGCCCCCACCAGACACCACCCGCCCCCACCAGACACCACCCGCCCCCACCAGACACCAACCGGCCCCACCAGACACCAACCGGCCCCACCAGACACCAACCGGCCCCAUCAGACACCACCCGCCCCCACCAGACACCAACCGUCCCCACCAGACACCAACCACCCCCACCCCCACCAGACACUAACCGCCCCCAUCAGACAACACCCGCCCCCACCAGACACCACCCGCCCCCACCAGACACCAACCGCCCCCAUCAGACACCACCCGCCCCCACCAGACACCAACCGCCCCCACCAGACACCACCCACCCCCACCAGACACUAACCGCCCCCAUCAGACAACACCCGCCCCCACCAGACACCACCCGCCCCCACCAGACACCAACCGCCCCCAUCAGACACCACCCGCCCCCCCACCAGACACCAACCGCCCCCACCAGACACCACCCGCCCCCACCAGACACCAACCACCCCCACCAGACACUAACCGCCCCCAUCAGACAACACCCGCCCCCACCAGACACCACCCGCCCCCACCAGACACCACCCGCCCCCAUCAGACACCAACCGGCCCCACCAGACACCACCCGCCCCCAUCAGACACCAACCGGCCCCACCAGACACCAACCGCCCCCACCAGACACCAACCGGCCCCACCAGACACCAACCGGCCCCACCAGACACCAACCGCCCCCACCAGACACCAACCGCCCCCACCAGACACCAACCGCCCCCACCAGACACCACCCGCCCCCACCAGACACCAACCGGCCCCACCAGACACCAACCGGCCCCACCAGACACCAACCGGCCCCACCAGACACCAACCGGCCCCAUCAGACACCACCCGCCCCCACCAGACACCAACCGUCCCCACCAGACACCAACCACCCCCACCCCCACCAGACACUAACCGCCCCCAUCAGACAACACCCGCCCCCACCAGACACCACCCGCCCCCACCAGACACCAACCGCCCCCAUCAGACACCACCCGCCCCCACCAGACACCAACCGCCCCCACCAGACACCACCCGCCCCCACCAGACACCAACCACCCCCACCAGACACUAACCGCCCCCAUCAGACAACACCCGCCCCCACCAGACACCACCCGCCCCCACCAGACACCACCCGCCCCCACCAGACACCAACCGCCCCCACCAGACACCAACCGCCCCCACCAGACACCACCCGCCCCCACCAGACACCACCCGCCCCCACCAGACACCAACCACCCCCACCAGACACCAACCACCCCCAUCAGACACCACCCGCCUCCAACAGACACCAACCGCCCCCACCAGACACCAACCGCCCCCACCAGACACUACCCACCCCCACCAGACACCAACCGCCCCCACCAGACACCAACCACCCCCACCAGACACCAACCACCCCCAUCAGACACCACCCGCCUCCAACAGACACCAACCGCCCCCACCAGACACCAACCGCCCCCACCAGACACUACCCACCCCCACCAGACACCAACCGCCCCCACCAAACACCACCCGCCCCCACCAGACACCACCCGCCCCCACCAGACACCAACCGCCCCCACCAGACACCACCCGCCCCCACCAGACACCACCCGCCCCCACCAGACACCAACCGCCCCCACCAGACACCACCCGCCCCCACCAGACACCAACCGCCCCCACCAGACACCAACCGGCCCCACCAGACACCAACCGCCCCCACCAGACACCAACCGGCCCCACCAGACACCAACCGGCCCCACCAGACACCAACCGCCCCCACCAGACACCAACCGCCCCCACCAGACACCAACCGGCCCCACCAGACACCAACCGGCCCCACCAGACACCAACCGGCCCCACCAGACACCAACCGGCCCCACCAGACACCAACCGGCCCCACCAGACACCAACCGUCCCCACCAGACACCAACCGCCCCCACCAGACACCACCCACCCCCACCCCCACCAGACACUAA